UUGACUUUGAGACUCUCCGACUUUUAAUGUUUUGCCAUGUCGCGCGCCCGAUGUGGUCCUUGCUGUGGACUUGGCUGCUGGCGAAGGCGGGCGCUGUCAGGCGCCCGCAGAUGCGAUGGGCACAGAGCAACGCCACGCUCUUCCUGGAGCUGAAGCCGGCGAGGGGAUCGACAUGUGAGCUCAGUGCGCAGAUACGCCUCGACCGGGUGCUAAUCAGCGACUGCAGCCUUUGGGACAUCGAGCUCCGGGAGGACGUUGUGGUCCAGGAGUCUCGAGUGGAGCGCUCGGGCAGGGCCACGCUGCUCUCACUGCGGAAGAAGCUGCCACACCGCUGGGACAGGCCCUUCAUGGAGGAAGACUCAUACACGCUGCCCAGAGACUGGCGGCGUGAAGAUCGAGAUCUUCCGGAGGAGGACGAGAUCGAGCUGGUCCGUGCGCAGAACUUACGCCGUUUGGGGGGCCGACAGCUGCGAGAGCUUGCCCGCGACAAGGUGCUGGUGCUCGCACUGCGCUACCCCUGGUGCAGCGCGUGCGAGGAGAAGGACCAAGCUUUUGUGAAGCUGAGCAAGGUGGCGGGCGGCAAGCCCGCCUUCGCCGAGGUCCAGUUUGGAUCCGUGGACCUUCGGGAGGAGAAAGAGUUAGCCAGACAGGUGUGGGCGGAUGGCUUGCAGAACUGCAGCAAGAGCUGCCCAUUGCACGUCUUCAAGCCUGAUGAGCCCUUUGAAGAGCCCUACAAGCUACAGGUGCACCUGCUCUACGAGAUGGACGAGGCGGCGAUGAUGGGGGAUCCCAUGGCUGGCAUGCCGGGCCACGCUCCGAAGAGCCAAACGGCGAAGCCCGACUUCGACCGCUUCGAGCGAGACUUGGCGCUGCUGCUGCCGCCCGCGGUGACGCAGCUUGGAGAGGACCAGGAGGAGGACUUCCGCAACACGACUUCGACGGCGGUGAUCGGAGGCGCUGUGAACCUCACCUCCUUCCGCCUCGCCGCCCGUCGCCUGCGCGGCAUCGCCGCCUUCGGCGCCCUGCCGCCGAUUCUUUCGGCGGCGGAUGCCACGGUGAAGUUGUGGCGCGAGGGCCGUGCGGUGGUCUACGAUGGCAACCUCAGCCAUAGCAGCUACCUGGAGCACUUUGCGCGUGUUCACGCGCAGCCCCUUCUACAGAACUACUCUUGGGACCUGAAGGACCAGGUGGAUGCCAUCGGAAUGCCGAUCGGGGUGCUGUGGCUGAACUACUCCAACUACAGCAAUAGCAGUCAGAAGGCGCUCAGCGCGUUCCGGCAGCUGUGUGCCAAGCGGCGGGGUACAAAUUCCACCCGGCACAUCCUGUGCUGCGUGAUGGAUCAGAGCUUUGCCUACUAUCAGCGCGACUAUGGUAGCCACGAGCCGUACCCGUUCCCCUUCUUCGGCCUCACCACGAAGCUGGGCUUCGGCGCUGCGGACCGCUUCGGCUUCCCCUUCAACGAGCCGGUGAACGCCUCGGUCUUCGGCUUCUUCAGCAACAGCAAAAGCGCCUUCCGGCGCAUGGACAGCUGGGCGGGCCGCGUGCUCCGCGGGCGCGUGGCCCCGAGCCACGAGUCCGGCCUCGGGUCCUCGGCCAAGUGGCGGCGAGGCGAGGUGCAAAACGUGGUAUGGAAGACGUUUCAGCAGGAGAUCAACGGAAGCACUGCAGACGUGCUGCUGGAAGUCUACGACGACCAGAGAAAGCGGAACCACAUCCUCACGGCGACCAUGGAUGUCCUGGCCAGAACCUUGAAGGACUAUGCGAACUUGAAGGUGGCGAGGAUGGAGUCGAGUCAGAACUACGUGCCGCCCAUCUUUGGCAGGAAGCAGUUCUCCAAGGAAACCGAGUACUAUUGGGUGCCGCCCAGCAUUGCCACUGGGGAAUGGGCCCCAACACCGCCGGUGCGGUAUCCUGGAGACGUGGAGGAUGUCACUCCUGCACAGCUCCUGCGCUUCUUCAAGAAGCACACCUUGUCCAGUUGGUCGCUCAAGGAGGCCCUCGAAGCAUCCGCGGACAUUGGGGAGGAGGUCAUGGGCCACGCGCGGGUGCAACAGCAGAUGGACGACCGCGCAGAGGAGGACAAGCAGCAGAUGAUCAAGAAGAUGAUGACCACGCUAAAGAAAGAGAAGGGACUGGUCGACGUGGGGGAGAUGAUGGGCCUGAAGAAAGCUGCCGACGCACUGGACCUGGAGGCAGAGAAGCCCAAGCCGAAGAGGGGCAAAGGCAGAGCGGCGGAAGUCAGCCCAGAGGAGGAGGAGGAGAGGCGAAAGCGUCGCCGGGAGCAGCUAAAGAAAGACGAGGAGAAGCAGAAGGACAUCGCCAGGAAAGACAAGGAGAAGAGGAAGCGUCGCCUGGAGGCAGACAAGCAGCGGAAAGAGAAGAAGAAGCAGGAGGAGGCCCUCCGAUUGGAGGCCGCGAAGAAGGCCGCGGAGGAGAAGCGCCGCAAGAAGGAGCAAGAGAAGCUGCGGCAGCCGGCGACUCCUUUGUUCUCCUGGGGGCAGUCCAAGGAGCAACUCCGCAUCUCCGUGUCCGUGCCGAAGAUGAAGGAAGACUCUUUGCGGGUAUCUCUGGCGCCAGAUCGAGUCAGCUUGAGGGCCCUGGACUGGCAGAUGCGGCCGCACCUCCUAGACUUCGAGCUGCGGGAGUUCGUGGAUGUGGAGAACUCCUCCUGGGCUGCGUCGGCCGAGGGCGCACUUCUCACGUUGCAGAAGAGCAUCUUCCACCGCUGGGAUCGCUUGGCUCAGAACCACAGCGCAGUGAAGAACUUCUUGCGCAAGGACUGGGUUCAGGACGAUGGCGCGCUGGAGGAGGACCAAGAGGAUGUGGAGCUCCCAUCGGGCGCAAACAUCAAGAAGGUCUCGGAAGAGACGAUGGGCAAAGUCCUGCAGACACACAGUCUGCUGGUGCUGGCGCCGAGGUUCCCCUGGUGCGACAAGUGCAAGGAGAAGGACCGGGAGUUUGCCAAGGCCGCGCGGAUCAGCCGGGAGAAGGAUCACCUGGAGAUGGUGGCCUUUGGCGUGCUGGAUGCGCGGGAGGAGAAGCACCUGGCAAGGAAGCACAACGUGUCCUGCAGCGAGGAGUGCGAGCUACUUCUCUUCAAGGAGGAUGAAGAAGAGCCCUACACUGUUCCCGGACGCCGCUUCGCAGAGGAGAUCCAGAUCGACUGCUACAAGCACUUGCUGCCGGUGGUCAGCGAGAUCGCGAACCGGAGCCAGUUCGAGCGGGUGCGCAGUGCUUUUGACACGGCCAUCAUGGGCUUCUUCCAGGGCACCAAGGAGUCGGACCAGUGGUACCCCCGCUUCCGUGCGGUGGCGCGUCAGCUCCGGGGCCACGCCCUCUUCGGGGCCGUCUUUCAAGGCCUCCCAAGCGACAUGGGCAUCGACUUCCGCCCCACGACCGUUGCGGCGAGCGACGGACGGCCACUGGUGUUGCUCUUUAAGCCCAAGGAGCAGCGGCACGUGGAGUUCACCGGGGAUCUGACCUUGGAGACCUUGAGCCACUUCUCCAAGGUCUUGAGCCUGCCGCUGCUGUCCCAGUACACCCCUGAGAGCCGCCAGAAGAUCCAGGAGCUCAAAGUUCCUGCGGCCAUGCUUUGGCUGGACGGAGAGGAGACCGCUGUUAGCGCGGCUGCGCAGGAGGUGGUCCGCGAGGUUGCUGCGCGCUUUUCUGGGCACUUGGUGUUCAUGUCGCUGAACGCCACCCGCGACGGGUUCCUCAUGCGGCCCUUCGGCCUGGACCCUCGCCGCGUGCCCGCCUUCGGCAUCUCCGCCUCGGAGAGCCCGGAGAGCCAGAAGUUCGCGCUCGAGCCGGUGGACUGGAACGACCACGAAGCGGCGGCGAGUGGCGUGGAGGACUUCUGCGGCGCCUUCCUCAACGGCUCGCUGGAGGCCGCCCAUGAGUCAGCUGAGCUGCCCAAGACCUAUGCCUGGCAAGGGCCCGGCUAUGUGGAGGAGGUGGUUUGGAAGACCUUCCGCCGCUCCAUCUCUGGGGGGCUUGAGAGCCACGAUGUGCUGCUGGAGCUCUACUCCCCCUACCGGCCCCAGCAUCGAACCCAUGUGGUGGUGCUGGACCUUGUGGCGGAGGUGCUGCAAAACCUCACCGCGCUGAAGGUGGCGCGCAUGGACACUGCCAACAACUAUGUGCCACCAGAGUUUGGCCUCAAGGACAAAGACCAGUCCUCCAGCAUCUUCUUCCUCACCCAGCACCGGGCUCCGAAGCGCUUCGUGCCAAAGGCGGCCAAGUUGGAAGACCUGCCGCUGAAGAUGAUCCGCUUUCUGCACCGCGAGUCCAGGGGCACUUGGGACUUGGACAAGGGCCUCGCGCUGGCGAAGCAGGAGGCGCAACGGCGCGUGAGACGGCUCAAGGCUUUGGAGAAGGACUACGAGAAGAAGAUGCAGGAUGAGUGGAUGCAGAAGGAGAUGGAGGAGUUUGAGCGGUACAAGCGAAUGGGCAAGUUCGACAACCUGAACAUUUGAGGAGUUCGUGGUCGCCUUGGAGGUGUGAGUGUGCGCGCGGAGCAGCCGGCGCGCGGAAAAGGGGAAAAGGCCCUGCGCACAUUGCUCCGAGAAUUGGGGUUCUCCUAAAUCGAGUCCCCUCCGACAAGGGGGCGGGGGCGGUGAUGUUCC